AUGACUCACUGCGAGGUUUCGGCGGACAAGGAGGUUUCGGUGGGCCAGGCGGCAUGCGCCCACCUGCUCCAGGUUUCGGACCAGGCGGUCGUCCAGGCGUUCGGUGGACCAGGCGGCAUGCGCCCACCUGCUCCAGGUUUCGGACCAGGCGGUCGUCCAGGCUUCGGUGGACCAGGCGGCAUGCGCCCACCUGCUCCAGGUUUCGGACCAGGCGGUCGUCCAGGCUUCGGUGGACCAGGCGGCAUGCGCCCAGCUGCUCCAGGUUUCGGACCAGGCGCUCGUCCAGGCGGCACCAAUCUUGGGCAAACGCCAAUGCCAAUCAGGAGAGCUAGGAAUGUGCAGGCGUUAAUGGCUUGUUAA